AUGGCCACCAAUCAGGAAGGAGGGGUGGACUUCGUUCUCUACCGCUACACACCCUCACUCGUGGCUGCGAUCAUCUUCAUCGUUUUGUUCGUCCUCACAACUGCUUUUCACCUUUACCAGGUCAUUCGCACGCGAUCAUGGUACUUUUUGAUUUUCGUCGCUGGAGGAGCUUGCUAUAUUUGUCGCGCGUUGGCCCACAAUGACAAGGAAAACAUCCCAAUCUACUCCGUCGGCACUAUUAUGAUUCUUCUUGCGCCUCCUCUCUACGCUGCCUCGAUAUACAUGACCCUCGGCAGGCUUAUCAUGCACCUGGAUGCUGAGCGGUUGAGCGUUGUGCCUGUGAAAUGGCUUACUGCUAUUUUCGUCACUGGAGACGUGAUUGCGUUCCUCAUGCAAGCAGCAGGCGGCGGAAUAAUGUCAAGCGGAACCAUCAGCGCGAUGAACACCGGCGAAAGUAUCACGAUCGGCGGUCUUGCUGUACAAUUGGUGUUCUUUAGCAUUUUCAUCAUUGCUUCAACAAUCUUUCACUACCGGAUCCGCCAAAACCCAACCGAGGAAUCUUCAAAAGAGCAAUCUCGCUCAUCGAGAGCUACUUGGGAAGUUGUUAUGAGCGGGCUAUACAUCGCAAGCAUUCUCAUUCUGAUCCGGUCGAUUUUCCGUCUCAUUGAAUAUGCUCAAGGCAACGACGGAUACCUCAUUAGCCACGAAGCCUUCCUUUAUGUCUUCGAUUCCAUGCUGAUGUUCUUCACCAUGGUUGCGAUGAGUAUCUUCCACCCGUCCAAGGUUCUUUCUGGUCCAGCGACGGCCCGGCGUGCCUCACCAAACGCCGAGUUGCUUCCGACAACCCGACACAAGACUCACAUUAGCACUGUCUGA